CAACCGCCGGGCGGCAAGAUGGCGGACGAGCUGGACCGGCUGCUGGACGAGGUGGAGMGGCGGCUGUGCCACCGGCACGGCGGCGGCGAGGAGGAGCCCGCGGCGGCCAAGGAGGGCAGAUCAGCUAAACCAUUAAUGAGUGCUGGCAGCAGUGAAGAAGACCUAGAUGACAUUAUUGAUGAAAUCUGUAAUGACAGCAGCUUUACCAAAACAGCUCCGAAAUUGAAGUCUAACUCUGCAAGUCUCACACCUGAAAGAAAUCAAGUUCUUUUACAGGCACAUGGGAAAAGAUGCUGUCCAGUGUACCUGGGUGGAAGCCUUUCUCCACCUGGAAUAGGAACAAAUAUUUCAAAAAGAACAUGUGAUCAACUGCGUUGUACUGCUUGUGACUUCCGUGUGUCAUUUUUCAAUGACUAUGUCUGGGAUCAGUCCUGUGAUUAUCUUUUUUUCAGGAAUAACAUGCCUGAGUUCAGUAAACURAGAGCAAAGAUGAUAAAGAAGAAAGGAGCACGAGCAUAUGCCUGUCAGUGCAGCUGGAGAUCCAUUCAUGAAUUAACUGAGCUCCAAACAGAGCAGCAGCUUCGGUGGGUUUGUGGUAAACACAGAGAGUGAAGGCUUCUUGUGUGGGAUACCCACUUGUGUGGAAAUGGGUCUUAAAUUCAAUUUUUUUCCUACCCAGUUUUCUGAGAACUGAUGGAAUAUUGAAUAUUUAUAUCUAGAAAUAGAUUUUAACACCCAGAUUUCAACCUGAAACCUUUUUUUUUUUAUAAUUCAACUGUCUUGCAAGCAGUGUGGGGAGUUGAAUUAUUAGAAGAAACAACCAACUUGGAGAUUUUCUGGAAGCUAAAUGAAGUUAAAGCUCAUACUCAGUAGUAUUAAAGAAUUGAAGAGGAAAUAACAGACUUGCGCAUGGGCAAAGCACCUGGAGACUGUCCCUCAUAUCUAGCAGAGAUCYUUAUUUCCCAUGUCUGCAAAAUCCUGGAUUCAAAAUGGUGGGUUGGGAAGCAGCCGUGACACACCAGCAUGUGAAUUUCUGCACAGAAAUUAAUCUUCCUCUUCUGCUUUGUUCUUAGCUGUUAAUGAGCAAGUGGUUGUUUAUCUCUUUGAAAAUKACUGUGAGCCUCAAAGGCUUCAGCACACUCCAAAACUUUAUUUCCUUUUAGCCACCAGUAGCCAAAAACUGCAGGUGCUGAAAAUUUUCCUCCAGCUGCUACUGUGUUCUUCAGAGCACAUUCUACUGACUAAGGACCUCUAUCACAGUGAAUUUCUCGAACUUCUCUUCAGUGCUCCGUGAACAAGAGAUGAAGAAGUUACUGUGCAAUUGUUAAAUAUGCAGUUUUAAAGGGAUUCUGAAAGGUAUCUAAGGGUGAUUCUUCUAUCAGUAUUUUCAAGGGGAAAAGGGUCAGACUGUUAAGACUGAGAAAACAUAGAUCCCCACAGAUGUUCAAAUUGAGAUUUUUUUUUUAGUUUCACUUAGCUUUCACUUCAGCUGCUCUUUAAAAUAUUGUGUAUUCAGAAAGUGCAACUGUCCUUUUUCAACUCCCCUCAGUAACAYUGUUACUUGGUAAAUUGUCUUGCUUACUGUCAAUGUCACUAUAGUUUAUGACCUUUUUCUUUUCAUUAUGUAUAAAUAAUACAGAAGAUAGAUUUGAGUUUUGUGCAGGGGGAGAGAGAGGAAGGGAUAACCAGACCUGCCAUUUACUACAUUGAAAAAUAUCUAAAAACGGGAAGUCUGUCAGUAUUUCUGCUAUGCAGUAUGUGUAUCUGUWCAGAUAAAUUCAGAAUUACUUACUUUUAGCAACUCUAGCUAUACAGAGUCAUUUCCCUUUCUCCAAAGUUUUGUUCAUUGUUCUAAUCUGUACAUUCGUUCUAUUUCCAAGCUUUUCCAAAACAGUUGCAUGGUCUUUCUUAUAGAGGUGACUCCUCAAUCUGUUGAAUUCUGAAAGAGCAGAUCUCAGUGGUGACCAUGGCAUAAUGUGCACUGCACCCUGCUUACCUUGUCCUUACCACAAGUACUUGUUUUAGAACUGUCAAGGGUCCAACAGUGUGCCUGGGAAGCCUGGCAGUGCUUCUCUCAUCCUCCAGACUGCACCUUCCAGUGCCCCAUGCAGUCUUGCUGUAGCAUCAGAGGUGAGUUCGCUGUGGAGCGGUACUGCUUGGCAAAAUGGUAUAGACAUACUUAGGGUCAUGUGUUGUUUUUAGUGAAUUUAGUGUUUCAUGCUGAAGUUCCAGCUGCUGGAGUCCAAAACUGCAGGUUCAGGACCAGAGACCAGUUGGCUAAUUCUCAGUGAGCUCCUAGAAGAGCUCUGCUUGCCUUUCUGGCCUUUGUGAAGAUGUAGCCUGCGUCUGGGCUGUACGCAGUGAGUGUUCCUGGGUUUUCUUCUGGUGGGCCGAAGCGCCUUUCAUGCCUACAAAGCAUCAGUGCUGAGCCUAAGAGAAGAACCCAACAGUAGUAAACAAGCUCUGGGGAAGAAGAAACGUACUUUCCAUUCUUCUUGAAGAACGCAUUUCAAAAAACACUGUGUUGCCUCAGAUUGUCUGUUCCACAGCUAUUUGGAGCUCAUGAUCAAGUAGUUCCACAGUAGUUUUGGCUGGAGUUGUACUGGAACUUGUGCCACAGUGUCGGAAUAAGCUGGAUUUCCAACUUGAGAGCAGAAAAUGUGGAAAAUCCUAAUUCCCAUCUCAAUUCAUGAGAUCAAGUCCUAUGUGACUGGGAGAAGGAGCAUGUUUCCUACACCCUGAACAUUCCCCUGAAAUAAUCAGGUUUAUUCAAGUGUGCUUAACUUGUUUCUGGCCUUGGUCAGAGUGGUGGGAUAUGAUGGCUUUUUGGCUAAGGSAGGUUGUAAACAGGUACUAAAAUAGUGCUUCUGGUACUGACCUUCAUUACAGAAUUUAGCAUAUUUUUAGAUUUGGGAAUAAUUGCUAUGUCAUURGAUACAAUUAUUUUGUUGGAAGGAGGAGCAAUAUUAAGAUUCCUUUGCUUUUGUCAGAUGUUACAAACCGCUCCAAAGUUCUUGGAUGAAAAGAAUGUAAAGAAAGGUAAAACUAGAGCUUGAAUGUUCAUUUGACAAAGGUAUUGUCAGAUUGUACAAGGUUUUCAAGAUGUAGCCCAGAUCCUUAGUGAUACUUCUAUGUCAGUUAUCUGAGAUAGCAGGCAUUAUGUGGAGAAUUCUGUUUAAGWAUAUGUAAAGAAUUCUGUUUAAGAAUGCAAUUCAGCUGUUGUCAAAUGGAAAURCUGGAGAACAGUGUUGCUAAGUAUAAAUGUGACCAUUGUUUUCCUCCUAUUUUUUGCUUUGGAAUAACAAUACCAUAUCCAUUUGUGAAAUGGGCAAGGUGAAAAUUUGAAGCUUUUAUUUUGCUUAGUGAUAUGCUUGGAAAUUUUCUAGCCUGUCCCAUUGUCUGCAGCAGAUCCCUCAAAAAACCAAWAACAAUGAAAGAUGACAAAAUGAGAUUAACAUCAAAUUUUAAUAUGCUACUCUGACUAUAUUUCACUUGUUUUACCUGCAAACUAUGGAGAAUGAAUAUAUCUCAGAAGAGUCGUUAUUGAGGAUCUUGACCUGCUAUUAAAUUUAACUUGCAAAAGCAUAACAUUAUAUACUGCAAGGUUGGCACUCUAUUAUAUCAAAGAUUUUUUUUCCAAACACCUAUUUUAGUUUUGUAUUGAAGAUAUUCUGCAAAUGCUGCCACUUGCUGAAAGACUGCCACUUCUCUUGUUUCCUGACUUGUGAGUAUUGUCAUGUAAUGAGCACAUGUGAUAGUCACACAAUGCAAGAACUGCUGUGUUGGGAGCUGCACAGGCAAAUUUUUCUUCCUGCCAGGCUCUUUUUUCAGAAGACCUGGCAUUCUGUCUGUGGAGUGACACCUGAUAACUGCAGACAGGUGGCAAGUGGAGUAAAGAAACAUCAGGUGAUGCUCAUUUGUGAGGGCCACAUCUGAUGCCUAGGGUUUGGCUUAUAUGCUUUGAGAGAAUUUUUCAAAUGUCAGCACUUAAUAAAAYGUAAAAUUGGAACAAAUCUGAAUUGUAUGUUGUGUAAAUUCUAUUGCAUUGUUCCUAUCCAAGAGAAACCUUGUAAAAAUGUUUUCUGUCAAAAGGGUUAUGAGAUGCCCUUAGUACAAAAACAUUGUCCAUCUCAUAAGAAGCAAUAAGUACUGUUGUGUGUGUUUUUGCAUAUCAGUGGGGAUGCAGCAAAGAGCAGAGAAUGAAAUAAGCUUUAACAUUCUUUACCAGAUAAAACAUGAGGAGAACGCAUGAAAUUAUAGAGGGUUCAUAAAGAUGGAUGCAUUUGCCACAUUUCUUGGAUGUUUACCAGGGAUAAAAGMUGGAGGCAGGYGCUGUGCAGGGUGGCAUAUAGCUAAACAUCUUGCAGAGUGGGGUGCUGUACCCUGGUGUAUCACUCAAGCUGUGAUCCGUGUGUCCUGGGUCCUGCUGUAGAAAACCGUUUGCAGUACCAGGGAGGAUUGCUCUGUGUGUGGGAGUUGAAACUUGUUUCUUCACCAUCAAGAAAUGCUGUGUGGCUUACAUUAGGGUAACACACAUAAAUAUUUCCUGUACCUCAUUCUGAAUUUGGAUUUUAGGCAUUGGUGCUAUUCAGGCAAUAAUUAUUACCCCAACUUAUUUGGCAGUGUGGACUSAGUGAGGAUACUGAGAAACCAACCACUGCCUCAAGAGUAUUCCUGAUUUAUUUAGGGCUUGCAGUGUCACAGUGGUGUUUAUGUGUGUUUCAUUCACUUUGAUAACGUUUUUUCUAUGGAGUUAGAUGUGCUUUGAAAGUGCGUGAUCAGGGUUAGUAUGUGAUUACACAAUCCAGUCUGCAGAGGGCAGAGCAGCACCGCUGAGUAUUGGAGUUUAGGCUUCUGCUUCACUAAUAGAAGUUCAUACUUCUGUAUUUUUCUGUAAUGUUUUACAUUCAGUGGACUGGGGAUUGUUUCAUUUGUCUCCUACUAGUGUCAUUGUAAGUGGGGUAGCCACAUCUGUAGCAAUUCCAUUUGAUUUUUGUAUCAAUUCGUCCAAAUGGUCUUCAGGUGGUCUUGACCAAUACUGAAGUAGAUUAAAUCUUUUAUUGUCACCUAAAGAAGCAUAAAAAACUCUGUAUGUUUGUGCAUAUGUAGAUAUGUAUGUUUAUCCUCCAAUAACAUCAGUAGAAAACCUGAAUUGCCUCAGGAUUUUUUUCACCCAUUUUCUCUGAAAAUGUUAAAUAAUUUUGGCAAGUAGAAGUUGCAUAUGUUAGGAUCUUCUAGUGUUCAAUAUGAAAAUGUAUAUAAAAUAUCACCCAAGGUGACAGCUCUUUAAAAGGAAAUAGUAAAAGUCCAAAAUCUAGAAAUACAAAAAAAAAAAAAAGUUGUUCCCAUCUGUGUAGGAAAGCGAUGUGGAGCAGAGAUGCUGCAGAGCAGCCUGAGAUGCAGCAUGAGAAUCAUGCAAAGACCUACAUCCUGCAGUCCAUCAUCCAUGAGCCACGGCUGGGGUUGGUGAACUCUCACUCUCUGAAGUCUCUUCUGGUUCUUUGAGAAUCCAGAAAAUCUGAGUGUACAAAGCAGAUUUAAAGUGGAUGGAAAUAAAUAUU